UAAGAGGAAAAUUAUCGAACUGGUACAUUUGUUGCGGAAGCUCGUUGGCUGACUUCUUUCCCGGGGGAGAGGGCAGGGAGGUCGGUUUGCAAGGCGAUGGCUUUGGUCGAUAUUGGAAACGGCGAAAUAGGAGGAAGUGGAAGCAGUAGCGGGGUUCAUGUUGUUAAAGUGAACGACCCGGACGUCGCCGGCGAGAUCUCCCCACUGUUGGUGGAGUUGGGCGACGAGCCCCGCCGGAUGACUAUCUUCUCCGUGUCUUAUGCCAGGAAGCGACCCCCAAAGGAAACAAAUCUUACCAUUGUUGAGGCAGAGGUGAAUUUCCUAAGUCAGAUUUUCUUGUGGGUGUGGAGUGGGUCUAAAUAUUCUGGUUUAUUAUGCAUGGCUUCAUCCUCGGUCAUUUACUACAUUAUGGAAGUUUUGAUGGACAUUUUUCCAGUUAAGACGGUCCCACUGUUUGAAACUGUAUUUACAAGAUGUAUCAUUAUCCUGAUCUUGUCAUUUCUUUGGUUAAGAAAGGUUCGGCUCCCAUUAUUUCCGCCAAAGCAUGCAAGAAAUCUAUUAAUACUGCGAUCCCUUUGUGGUUUCAUCUCGCUUCUGAGUUUCAUUUAUAGUGUAAAAAAUCUACCGCUAUCAUAUGCUAUUUGUCUGAACUUUGCUACCCCAAUUGUGGCAUCUAUUGGUGCAAAGUUUAUUUUACAGGAGAAAUUGGCUCUUUCAGAUAUUGGAGGUCUUUCCUUAAGUUAUCUUGGUGUUUUGUUCAUUUUCAAGCCAUCCGUUUUAACACAAGGAAACGUAACUGAAGCCACUGAUAUGUUCAAUACAGUGUCUAUAACUGGAGGCGAAACUAUUUAUGCAGUAUUGCUUGGCUUAUUUUCAUCUUUCUUGAAUGGAAUUUGCUAUUGUCUCAUAAGAGCCGCUGCUAAGGCAUCUGAUCACCCAGUAUAUACUGUUUUUUCAUUUGGAUUAUUGGUUACUCCUUUGUCAGCAAUUUGUGCGUUGGCAUUGCAGAAUUUUGUACUCCAAAAUAUUUUCACAUUUUUCUUGAUGGCUGUGUUAGGUGUCCUGGCAUUUUUUGCAGAGGUAUCUCUAGCUCGUGGACUUCAACUCGAAAAGAUGUGCAAAGCCACUAAUAUGAUAUACGUACAGGUCUGUUUCUCCGCUGUUGUUCUCGAGAUAAAACUGGAUAUUGGAGAAUAAUUA